UACGUACUAUCUUGAAAUUCAAUGUGUAAGAACGCGAGUAGAAAAAUCAAUUCAAGUUUUUGAAGAAUAUUUACUUUUUUUCAAUUUUGGAAAAUGUCUGAAAAAGUAAUUGUUACAGUAAAUGAAGGUAAAGUACGUGGAUUUAAAACCAAAAGCGACUUUUCUGGAGUGGAAUAUUACACUUUCUUAGGGGUGCCCUAUGGACAACCUCCAGUCAGGUCGGCUCGAUUUAAGGACCCUGUUAAGGUAAAACCAUGGAACAAUAUCCUUGAUGCAACAAAUGAAAAACCAGGCUGCUUACAGUUCUCAAUCAUUAAAAGAUGUAUCAUUGGUUCAGAAGAUUGCCUGUAUAAUAAUAUUUACACACCAAAGUUGCCAUCGAAAGGAGAUCCAUUAAAAUCAGUUGUCGUAUGCAUACACCCUGGAGGCAUGUUUCAUGGUUCGCCAGAACCUUCGUAUUUUGGAGCACCAGAUUACCUCAUGCACCAUGAUAUUGUAUACGUCGCUAUGGGAUACAGACUUCACGCUUUCGGACUAUUGAAUUUAAGCAUUAAGAACUGCACAGGAAAUCAGUCUAUAAAAGACAUGAUACUGAGUUUGCAAUGGAUUAAACAGAAUAUCCAUACUUUCGGAGGUGAUCCAAAUAAUGUAACACUGAUAGGAAGCAGUAGCGGAUCAGCUUAUGUGCACUUUUUACUAUUAUCACCUUUGGCCAAAGGUUUAUACCAUAAAGCUAUUCUCAUGGGAAUGUAUGUUUUCAACCCACUGUUGGUUCAUUCACGAGACAAUAUUACGGUAGCUUACGACGUAGCUCAAUCCAUGGGUUAUAUUGGAGAGAAAGAAGACAGCAAAAAAUUGCUAAAUUUUUACAGAAAUUUAGAUUACAUACGGUUAAUUACAGCGAGAUCUGAAAAACAGUACAGUAAAAACAAACUUCAAGCUUUUCCUGCAUCACCAUUUAUACCUGCAGAAGAUGCUAGUGAAAAUUCACCGCUACCUUCAUCACCAGAAAAGUUGAUACGUUCGACGAAUCGUGUUCCUAUCAUAAUUGGAUUUUGCCAAAAGGAAUGUGCCAUGGGUGUUGCAUACCUUCAAGCAUCUCAACAGUCCAUCGCUGAUAUUUUCCAUACAGCUAUUAGUCAAAACUGUUGGGGAUGGGGAGCUAAUUUAAGUAACAGUGAAUUGAAGCAGAUACAAAAAGAAGUAGAAGAUUUUUAUUUAAAUGGAAUGCCAAUAGAAAAGGCAUCGAAAUUAAUGCUAUGUGACAUUCUUACAGAUGCUGCUUUAUCUGAUGUUUAUGAUUCUCUGAUAAACGUAAUCGCUGCAGAUCUUCCCUCAUCAGUAUUCGUUUAUAAUUUUCACUACGAUGGCGCCUUAGAUGGUAUGAAAGUGAAAAUUACAGAAAUAAUGCAAACCGAAAUAGAGGGAGCUUUUCAUGCGGCCGACUACUGUUAUUGGAGUUUUAUGGGUGAAAUUGCCGGUAAACAUGCGGAAAAAAUUCCUCCAAAAGAUCGAGAAGUGAUCGAAACAUUUACCAGUUAUUUGACUACAUUUGCCAGAACCGGCAAUCCUAAUUACGAAAAAAGAAAAUUGGACUGGAAUCCUACAACUCCCGAACAUCCUAGUCAUAUAAUUAUAGGCGAAACGCUGGAAAGGAAGGACGAGAUCCUAAACGGACAGCGAUUGGAAUUCUGGCAUAAGUUGAAAAAGAAAUACACAAAAAAAUGAAUAAAAAGUUAUUCGCGAACUGUUUUUAUUUGUACGGUGAAGACGUCAGUUCUAUUAUCCUUCAAGGUUCUGUUACGAGUAUUUUAUGGUCAUGGGCCAUAAAGUUCUCUAUGACCUUCUGCAAAGCAUACAAAAAUUCAUAUAAGCAAGUAAUACAUCCGUUUGUCAUCACCACCAACAAGUUUUUUCUGACCUUAUCUUCCUACUUACACAGCGACUCGAAACAAAUACCUUAUCACAAAGUAGGUACCUGCUGAAAAGCGGAGCUUCAUGGACUAAGGAAUCAAGACAACUGUUUUCGUAAACUUUGAGCAAUAAAGCUGAUAAAAAAAUGGCCAACUGCUUUUUUUUUGACGUGAUUAUUAAAAGGAUGGAUAUAGGUAAGUUCAUACAGCUUGGUGCAAAGUGCCAAAAUUUCUUCCUCUUCUCAACCUUUCACAGUUAAUUAGAUUAUCAUGACUAUUGUAAAAUAUGAAAACUUCACAUCCGGUGAACCGAUUUAUUCGUACGUUUAUACCUUCGAGAGUAAUUUUUCCCCGCAAAACGCCAAACAAUGGGUACAGGAAAAUUGCUCGAAUGGAUUCAUCAUUUGUGGAAUAUAUUUAUCGGUUAUAUUCACUUUGAAAUUAUACAUGCGUAAUAAACCACGAUUUGAAUUACGAAGAGCUUUGACACUAUGGAACAUUGGACUGGGAAUAUUCAGUACUUUAGGCGCACUCAGAACGGUGCCCGAAUUAUAUCAUAUGGUAUCGAGAAACAGCGUGUAUCAUUCCGUUUGCUAUCCCACGGUUGUGGAGCCGAUCAAAGCAACCGAAUACUGGGCCUGGGUAUUCACGUUAUCAAAAUUUGUCGAACUGGGAGACACGAUAUUCAUUGUAUUACGUAAACAGCCACUGAUUUUCUUACAUUGGUAUCAUCACGUCGUUGCUCUGCUCCAUACAUGGAUUGCAUAUGGGGAUAAUGUAGUUUCCUUCAGAUGGUUCAGAUCAAUGAAUUACAGUGUUCACUCGGUAAUGUAUACCUAUUACGCCUUACGAGCGUUGAGGUUUUCAAUUCCAAAACUCGUCAUGAUGUCGAUAACGUUUACACAAAUUGUGCAAAUGAUUGUAGGAUGCACUAUUACUUAUUUGGGGUAUUUUUAUUACACGAAUGAUCGACCGUGUGAAAUUUCUAAUAAGAAUAUAAUACUGAAUGCGGGUGCUUACAUUAGUUAUCUAAUAUUGUUUAGUAGGCUUUUCUACGAUUCGUAUAUCAAUUCGUCAUCUAAGAAACACUCCACUAUUUCACGUAAUACUAAAGCUAAGAAAAAGGCUUGAUUAUUUACUUUUUACAUUCGCGAUACAUCAAAAGUAAACUAGGAGCACUGAAGGAAAACUUUUGAAAUAAAAUUAAUACCCAGCAAAUUAAAAUUUAAACCUUCGUGCUUUCGGAAUUGUUUACGUAUUUUCUCAUAAUUAUUUACAUUUAGGUACUUAAUUUAAAGCCUCAAACAUAUGACCAACAGAAGUUUUACCUCAACGUGGUUAAACUAUUUUUAAAACAAUUGUACCAAUAAUAUUGAUCAUUGAAUAAAUAUUUGUAUUUCUUAA